UCAUACAAACCCUUUGUAUUACGACAUCGAUCAGAAAUCGUUGCUCAGCAGUUUUGCAUUAUAGAACAACAAAUGCUCCAGAAUGUAACCUGGGAUGAAUUGGCUGAGUUACGUUGGAGAAAACGCUCGAGAGCCAUGGCAAGCAAUGCCAGCAAUCCUUCUACAGACAUAUUGGAAGAGCCAUGUGUACGUGAAGGGGUAGAUGAACUGAUCGGGUUCUUUAACAAGAUAUGUCAAUGGGUUGCAUCUGAGAUUGUCCGAACACGUUCUAUUGAGACACGCGUACAAGCAAUUGAGAAAUUUAUUCGCAUCGCCUUGAAAUGUUACCAUCAGCGAAACUACAGUACUCUUAUGCAAGUACUCCUGGGCCUGCAGUCUCCUGCAGUGUCUCGUCUCGAGAAGACAUGGCAGCGAGUAGACCACUAUGAAUUACACAUCUUUGGAGAACUCAAGGAGUUGGCCAAGCCAUUUCGUAACUGGAAGAAUGUUAGGGAUUGCAUGACACGCCACACACUGUCUGGGCGUGGCUGCAUCCCAUUUCUUGGUCUAUACCUUUCAGAUCUUGUAUUUAACUCAGAGCUUCCUACCUACAUUGA